AAAUCUUAAAUUUAUUUGUGAAAAAUCUCAAAUUCAUGAAAUUUUACUUUCACCCAAAAAGGGUAGAAGUAGAAAAAGAGAGAAUAGAGAUUUUAUUGGUUAUCAUUUUAACUCAAAAUGACAUUUUGAUGUAGGAACAUAUCAUUACAAAAAUAAAAAAAAAUUCCUGAAACUUUAACUGAAAAGAAACACUUACAAGUUUGCUUGGACUUCUAAACUAUGGAAGAAAUUUUACUAAAGGUUUAUCUCAACUAGAGAAAUCAUUGUUUCUAAAAUUACAAAAAGAACUUAUUUUUACAUGGACUGAACAGAAUAAAAAGCUUUUACAAAAAAAUAAAAGUUAGAAUAGAGGAUAUUUCAAAGGUUUAUUUUCCUUAAAGAGGGGAUAGAUUAAUCCUUGAAAUUGAUGCCUCCAUCAUUUGAGUGUUAGGGAAGUGUUUUUAAAAGCAAUUCCUAAAAAUAAUUUUGGGAAGAAGAAGAACUACCUUUAUCUCAAAAAGAGAUAAAAGCUAGAAAGAAAAAUAUACCCUUAAAAAUUCAUAACCUUUGAAGAAGAACUUUUAGUUAUUAAAUUAGCUAUUUUCAUAUAUUUUUUUAUUAUCAGAACAGAUAAUCGAGCUGUUAAAGAUUUCUUAACUGGAAACUGAAAAGGGAAAAAAACCUAACCAGUAGAAGAUUAAAAUGGCUUAAUGAUAUUUAUGAAUAUUGCUUUGAAUUUGAGCAUGUUAAAUUAAGGUACUAAUAGUUUUCUUGCAGACUAUUUAAGCAGGAAUCAUGAAGAAGAUAACUAACCAAGUUCUCUUCAAAUGCAGAUAUGGAACCUGGUAGACCAUCAGGAGGACAGUUUCUAGCUGCAUCCACGUUACGCUGGCCGGUUGAUCUUACUCCAGUGGAGGCUGAGGCAGGGGCAUUUUGCAAUGUCUUGGGAUAUAUAAGAGAAUCAUGCUUGAAGGGGAUUCAAAAAUUGUUGUGGAUGCAACAAAGUUUGGUUCAGGUUAUCUGCAGAGUUGGAGAGGAUUUCUUGAGGAAGCUAUUUCUCUUUUACACUCGGCUGAUGAGUGGUCGAUUCAUCAUGUGCUCCGGCCUUUUAAUGUUUUGUGCUCAUAUGCUGGCCAAGUUUGCUCUUGCUCAUCCUGCUAAUUCUUGGCUAGUUGACCCGCCACAUUUUCUACAAGGUUGUUUGGUGCAAGACUUAUCUCAGCAUUCUAUGGUCCAAGCCUAGUUGUUUGCAGCCCUGUAUAGUGUUUUUUCCUUUCACAGUGUUGUGGGUUGUCUUGUAUGCAUGCUUUUUCAUCUCUUUUGAGGUGUUUUUCCAGGAGGUGUUCUAUAGAGAAUACUAAUCCUGCGUGUAAUUGGUUUUGGGACUCUUUUGAAUUAAGUUUCUCACUUCUCGGGGUCAUGUUGUCCUUUUUCCAAGACAAAAAGAGAGAA